CAUGGAGAACAAAGUUAUUGGUCCCAUUAACCUCGUUUUCCGAGGAACUGGUUGAGUUUACGGCUUAGAUUUGAAUUGCGGUUAUGGUUAAGGUUAGGGACUGACUUGGUAUGGUUACGGUUAUGGAUGAACUAAUUUAAAUAUCUAACUUUGUUUAAACUGUCCAAAUAAAUGGUAGUCAAUGCGAGUUCUUAAAAGGAUAGCUGCACAAACCUGUGUGUGUGUGUGUGUCCGAGCAAUGUGGUGAAUACAUGGAGGAAUGCCUGGUAUGACUAAUGUGGUGAGAUCUGGAACGCUGACAGAACCUUCUCACACACACAGAAUUCCUCAUGGUCAGCCAGCAUGAACUUCAUGUGGGAAAUAACUGAGCGAACGCACUUCAUUCCAUCUCUUCCUUGACAUUUCCGUGUGCUGGUGUGAAUCUCCUUCGGUGUGGCGAUGGCCGACAGCUCGCAGUGUUUCUACUGUCGGGAGGACCUCGGCGGUAAGCGCUAUGUCCGCAGUGAGGGCAGAACCGUGUGUGUCCGCUGCCACACCAAGUUCUGUGCACACUCCUGCGCCGAGUGCCAUCGACCCAUCUCCGUGGAAACCAAGGAGCUCAGCCACAAGGGCCGCUACUGGCAUGAGGAGUGUUUCCGUUGUGCCAAGUGUUACAAACCUCUGGCCAAGGAGCCGUUCAGCACCAAGGACGACCGCAUCAUGUGUGGAAAGUGCUGCUCCAGAGAAGACGCUCCGCGCUGCCACUGCUGCUACAAACCCAUACUGGCAGGAACAGAGAGUGUGGAGUACAAAGGCAACUCCUGGCACGACGAAUGUUUCACCUGUUUCAACUGUAAACGGCCAAUCGGCUCGCAGAGUUUCCUCUCCAAAGGAAGUGACCUUUACUGCAGCCCCUGCUAUGACAAGAAGUUUGCUAAACACUGUGUUGGCUGCAAAAAGACUAUCACCUCUGGAGGAGUGAACUACCAGGACCAGCCGUGGCACAGCCACUGUUUUGUGUGCAGCGCCUGCUCAAAGUCUCUGGCAGGGUUGAGUUUCACCAACCACCAGGACCAGGUCUUCUGUGUCGACUGUUACAAGAGCUCUGUGGCGAAGAAGUGCACCGGCUGCCAUAACCCCAUCACUGGUAAUGAACAAACAUCAUCUUACUCCAAGGAGUGAAUGAAUGAAUGAAUG